AAGCGGAAGUCCAGGGUCUGGGCCGUCAUUUCCUUCAGCUAGAGAAGUGCAACGGACGUUGUGUUUCCUACGCUCCUCGGCUAUCUCAGCAUGAAGGAGGUGAAGAGCGAGCGGGAGCGGGGGAACCGGCGAAAGCACCGGGUCGAGGACAUAGUGGCGGCGACGGCGGCGGUGGUGGUGAAGCAGGAGCGCCUCAGCCCGGAGGCCGCUCCUCCUGUCCACCGCCGCCCGGACUCCUCGGGCGGUAGUGCGUCCCCACCGGCCGGCGAGCCGGGACGCCCUGGUCACCGCGGAAACCGAGCCCGAGGACGUAGUCGAUCCCCAGCCAAAAAGAAAAAGUCCUCAGGGAGAAGAAGCAAGUCUCCUCGGAGUAACAGGAGCCGAAGUCCUCACUACUCAACAGUCAAGGUGAAGCAGGAACGGGAGGAUCAUCCUCCCCGGAGAGGACGGGAGGAUCGGCAGCACCGGGAAGCAUCGGGACAGGAACACAGGCGAGCCAGGAACAGUGACCGAGACAGGCACAGGGGCCAUUCCCACCAGAGGAGAACCUCUAAUGAGAGGCCUGGGAGUGGGCAGGCUCAGGGGCGGGAUCGAGACCUUCAGAACCUGCAGGCUCAGGAAACAGAGCGGGAGUUUUAUAAUACCCGACGGCGGGAGCAUCGCCAGAAGAAUGAAGUUAGUGCCAGCAGUAAUGAGUCUCAGGAGCUGGUUCCUCGACCUGGCGGCAACAACAAAGACAACGAGGUGCCCGCUAAGGAAAAGCCAAGCUUCGAACUUUCUGGGGCCCUUCUUGAGGACACCAACACCUUCCGGGGUGUAGUCAUUAAAUAUAGCGAGCCCCCAGAAGCACGGAUCCCCAAAAAGCGGUGGCGUCUCUACCCCUUUAAAAAUGACGAGGUGCUUCCAGUCAUGUACAUCCAUCGACAGAGCGCUUACCUGCUGGGGCGACACCGCCGCAUCGCAGACAUUCCAAUCGAUCACCCCUCUUGUUCAAAGCAGCACGCAGUCUUUCAAUAUCGGCUUGUAGAAUACACCCGUGCUGAUGGGACAGUUGGCCGCAGAGUGAGGCCCUACAUCAUUGACCUUGGCUCAGGUAAUGGAACAUUCUUGAACAACAAGCGCAUUGAGCCGCAGAGAUACUACGAACUGAAGGAAAAAGAUGUACUUAAAUUCGGGUUCAGCAGCAGAGAGUAUGUUCUGCUUCAUGAGUCCUCGGACACCUCUGAGGUAGACAGGAAAGAAGACGAGGACGAGGAGGAGGAGGAGGAAGUGUCCGACAGCUAGCAAACUCAGAGGAGCCCAGACUCUGGAGAGACUGAUCCUUUCCUCGAAGGCUUUGGGACUGAAACAAAGAGCACCGCGGGGGUCUCUGGAAUGCCUUUUAUUGCCUUAAGUCUUUCCUUGGUUGCUGACCAGCUUACGUUAGUGUAAGAAAACCAACUUAGGUUUGGUUGAACUUAUUUCUGCGGCACAUCAGCCACAUGCCUUGGACAUAUUUUUCAGAACAGUCUCACCAACACAUUGUGUUUCAUAGAAGCGUUGUGGCUUUAGUUGGUGCUUCCAGAACUGCUGCCUAGGAAAUUAUAAGCCCUUGGUUAAAGGGGAAUUGUGGCUUGUUCUCUUUGUACAGCUUCUUUAUUUAUAAGCUUUGUGGACUGGGUUUUGUUUUUGUUUCCGGGGCAAACCCCCUUAACAGAAUCUUGCUAAGCUUUGGUUAUCACCAGAACAGCCUCCAGUAUAUACCAAAGCUUUGACCUGGUUGAGCUCUUGAGUUACAGAAGUUGAUUUUGCACUUCUGUUUUGGGAGGUGGGAAUUGACCACAUGACCUCAUUAUUGCCUGUUGGACUUAAACAGAUGCUUUCUGGAGGCUGCGUAAGCAUAUGACUGUACAGGAAGAUCAUGACUACUGCCAGUGGGUGCGGAUUUCAUGUCCCAAGAGGCUGAAAUGUGUCGAGGAUGUGUUUUCUGUGAAGGAUUUCUGAUUUCUCCAUGGAGCAUGUACAUAACAAUUUUGAUCAUCUUCUCUGUUGUCAACUUGGCAUUUUUAGUCAAAUGUUAUCUCUUCUUUUUUUUUUUUGAGAAACACACUGUCAUUUGUGUGGCAGGGUCCUAGCUUUAUUCUAACAUCAUGUGUAUAUGUCUAAAGGAGAUUGUGUAGUUUAUAGUUUACAUGUUUCAUCUUUUUAAAAAAACAUUCAGAGAGGUUGUAUUUACCUUUACAAGGCUGGAAAACAUGGAAAUUGUCCAAUUUUCUAAUUUUCCACUAGAGGAAUAUACGUAAGUAGAAAAGUCAUAUCUACUUACAUAUAUUGUAUCUCUGUGUGUAUAUAUAUAUAUAUAUAUAUAUAUAUAUAUAAAAUUGUGUGAAAGAGCUGUAUACCGAUUUUCAUAAUGAGAAUGUUUUGUGAUGUAAAUGUAAUACUACAUUAUAGGCAAAGGCCUCCCUGCACUUGAAGAGGAGGUUUUCAUUUAUAUGUAUUUUUGGGAUAAAAAAAUAAUAAAAUUUGUAAAUAGAGCCCCAUAUCUCAGCAAGUGAGCAUUGGUCCUGUUGAAGCAGCAGCGUUUUCUGAAUGGGCAGUGCAGGAGUUUCCUUUUCCAGAAUAGUCAGAGUUGGGGCAGGUUAUACACAGUGGGCUUCAAGCCAGUUUAUCCCUGUCCUGGCUAUUUCCCCGUCGGCGGGCGUGGAAUGCAACUCCCAGUCAGUACUGCUGCUCAUUAUUCCUCUUGGGUUGAAAUUGAUCAUGUUAGAUUGUCCUCUUCACAAUUGUUUUUCCAUUGAGGUCUCAUGGACCCAUGUGUACUCAGGACUAAAUGGUGACCAGUGUGGGGAGGGGUAGCUGGCUGUUAAGAGAAAUGGAAAGAUCCUCUUUGAAGAGUGAACUCAGUACGGGCAGUUAGAUGCAAGGUUAGAGAAGCUACGACAAUGUAAGAGCAAUUAGCAUCCCCCCAGGGUUCCACAUGGGCCACUAUAAUAUUUUCCUAAUUUAAUUGUGCCAUAGAUCAUGUUACACCUGUGCAUGUCUAAAAGGUGGGUUUUGUUUUGAUGAAUUUUUCUCUUGAUCCAAGACUGAUGGUUUUCUCUUUCAGGGAUUAGGCACUAAUCAGGCAUCUCGCUCCAGGGCCCCCUUGUUCAGUCUGUGCCACUCCUGUUGCUUCGCGGAGGCCUUGGGCUUUGCCUCGCACUCCAGCCUGCUGGGCACUGGGAUAGAGGACCACUUCGCCUACAUUUUUCCAUAACAGGUCCCAGUUAUGUAGUAAACUGUUGCUUCCUGGAUUAAGAGAUUCUUCAUGCCCAAUAUCUGGGAAGGUGUCCCCCCCCCCCACAAGACACUACCCAUCUCCAAAGCCAGAUAUCACCAACAAACUUCUCAUUUGAAGCUGACAUAAUUCUAAAGCUUUCUUCUUGAAUGAAUUCAUUGCUUAGAAACUCAUGUUCAUCUAAGCUAUUUGCAACUUAUUUAUUCCCCACCUUUUCUUCACCCUGGCUGGCUUGUCUACAAAUUAUCAUUAUCAAAAUCAAGCUAUCUGCAAAAUAGCCCUUUGCUUCUGAGCCCCUCCCCCAAAUCUCUGUAGCUCUGGUUACAGUGCUGCCAAGGUAUGGGACAAUGUUCAGAUUUUCCCCAUUAAACCUCUUUCUGGUCAUCUAGUUCCCUCAUUCUAACAUUGGCAAAGGACAGCUCAUUAAGUGCAGAUGGUGAUAUAACUUUCAAAUACUUUUGUUGUAUUCUGGUGAUAAGUGAAAGAAUAAUCAGAUAACUGAAAUUAAAAACAAUUUUUUUGCA